AUGACGUGGCACAUCUACUACAUCAGAACCUUUACGGGAUCCCUCAAGAUCUUCCAGGUGAUGGCGGCGCUGUUAGUCAUCGUUUUCUUGUCGAUCGCCCACUACAGCACGGACACGAACUACCUGACAAUGCGGCCCGCCGCCCUGCUUAUGGCGAUGGUCAGUUUUAGCUUCUUCAUCACCAGCUUGGUCAUCUUCAUGUCCGUCGUGAUGGGCAGCACGGACGUGCCUUAUUCUAUAUUCUACCGAGUGCACGGUGUACUCGCCACGGUCGGCUUCGUUGUCUCCGGUCUCACGUACGUCAGUCAAGGGGAUCGUGCGUCGCCCUCCAGAGCGGGGUCUAUCGCGGCGUCCCUGAGUAUCCUCAACAGCCUCACCUUCUUCGCGGACACCGUGAUAGCGUACGAGCCGCCCAUUGAUAACCCAAAUGUAUCAGAAAGCAAAAGAAAAAAACGAUCAUACCUCGAUCACUUUGCAGAUGACGUGUACCUGGCAAACGAAUACCUGGACGAAGUACUGCGCUCUCUUCAGAUGGACCGCACCCUUCUGGCGGCCAUUGAUCCACUAACCAUUCCAGAGUUCGGCGAGAGUAGCGUCACAAUCACGAACGGCCGGGUGUUGGGCUUGUCCGCCAUCAACCGAAAUGGCAACAGCAGCGUCCACUACGGCCUAGGCAGCGUCAUUGUGUCGGCCCCGAUUGUGGUUCCCGGUGUCCUUUUCACCGGUCAGCACAAGGUGUCCAAGUUUGGCAUUUCCAUCUCCGGGGACAUCGAAGCCAAAGUGGAUAACGUCCAGAUAUUCAUUUUCUACAGAGCUCCCAGAAACGGCGGUGAAGCCCGCCUGGAAUCUUUUCAGGUGGAGGAACUGAAUGGGCUGAAAGUGACGCGAAUCACAGGCGUGUCGAAGGCCUUUAAUUGGGUGCUGAAGAUAGUGGCAAAUCGAGUUGCCAGACAAUUCCAAGGAAAGAUUAUCAACACACUGCAAACGGAAGCGUCAAAAUUUAUAUCCUCGCAGGUUGACAAGACGAGGUUUCCGCCUCUUUCUGGGAACGGUAGCAGCGAUCAAAUGGAGACGUUCGCAUAUGGAAUCUCACCCCAAUUUUGA